AUUAGUGAUUGUCAGUGUCAGUGUCACAUGGUAUUGUUGAAGAUCGAAGUGUUUAUAGAAUGUUGUGUAGUACCAGCUUAUUUAUGAAAUAUUACAAUUUUGUUGUGUUUUGCAAUAUGCAUUGGUACACUUAUCAUAAAAUGAAGUCUUAAUACAGCCAUGGCGCUUUCGUCUACCGAUAAAGUACAAGAAUUUUAUGUGUGCAAUGUAAUAAUUCCGGUAAUUGUUUUUGCACUGAUUGCAAUUGUGUCAAUCCUAUUUAAAAGCAUCAUCUGGGUAUUUAUUGUUUGUUGUUUAUAUGUCACAACUACUUUCUAUGGACUCUAUAUAUUACAAUAUGUUAGUGUGCUACUGGUUAAUUUAAAUGUGAUAAGCGGUACAUUUAAUCAAAAAUCUGAAGUUAAAGAUCCAUGUAGUGUUUGCAACAACAAUAAUUGCAGAAGACAUAAGUUGUGUCCACAUUCGACUAAAGUGAAAAUACCACAGGAUUUUGACCACGCUUUGGAACAAUUUUUUGAAGAUUUAUUACAACAAUAUGUUUGCACGUGGUAUUCCAGUUUUUCAACAAACUAUGCUUUCGUGUAUCAGCUUCGGUUAGCUACAACAACAGCAACAAAAAAUAUCGCAGACCGUUUGUUACGUACAGAUGUAGCUAAUAUCAUACUUUGUCGAUUAAUUCCAUUGAUAUUACAAAAUGCUCAAGAUUUGAAAAUAUUAAAUAAAAAGAUACAAAAUACUUCUGAUGGAUCUGAUUUUCGGAAACAUAUGAUUAAUUACUUUGGCUACGAUAUUCAUCCAGCAGCUUAUUCGCGCGAAGCUGAGCUAAAUUAUCUGAGAGGAUUGGUCACUGCUAUUGUACCACAUUUACUUCCUGCUGUACAUGUAUCUACUAAUAACAAGGUUCUCCUACGAGAAAUUCUGGCAAAUUGGAUUCUCUUGCCUGCGCUGGAUGCAAUAGCUGAUCCAGAAAAUAUAAAUGCAUUAGUAAUGUUAUUGACUCACCACGACGGUACAUUUUCUAAUCAGGCAGAUGCAGCUAAUGUACAGAUGUUGCAAUGUUGGGUGAGAAAUCCAUUAACAUCAAACAUUACGAAUAAUCAACUGAAGCCUUCUUUGGACGAAGUUUUGAAUAAUCCUCGAUUAUUGUACAUGUUUAUACAACAUGUGAAAGAUUUUGGGCCUAUAAAUCUCUUACAGUUUUGCCUGGAUAUUGACGAUCUCAGUAAGCGUAUGUUAAAUCCAGACAUGAGUGAAAACGCUGAAAGUAGUUUGUACACUGAUAUUCAAAAUAUGUAUUCAACGUAUCUCGAUCCUAAUGGUCCAGAGUAUCUAAAUUUACCGGAAGAUAUUUCGAUAGGCAUAGGAGAAAUUCUUGAAAGAGGUUCGAAGAAGAUUGACGAGUUGAGGACGUCACGACCGUUUUAUCAAGCACAUCAAGAAGCUCACGCAUUAUUAGAAUCUACUUGUCUGCCACCAUUCCAUCACAGUUAUUCGUUAUACGCUUUGUUAUGCGGACAACAAGCACCGACUCGUAUUAAGCAACCGCUCCGUACAAACAUAGCUAGUGGAACUACAAACGUAUCUAUAAAAUUUGGUAAUCAUUUCCCAAAGUUUGAUGGUGUUUUACGCGAAUCGACAAUUGACGGGAUGCCAUUCGAAGAGAUAUAUCAAGGCGAAGAAAUAGAUUAUUCGUUACGUUCGUACAGUGAAAUCAAAUAUGCAGAUGACAGCUUUCACCGAGAUUUAACAACGUGGCGAGUCAGUAUUCCACAUGUCGAUUCUGGAGAUAAUCAACCUCUCUAUAUGAUUGCGGUGUAUAAUGCAGCUGAAGAAAAAUCUUGGACUGUCUUACGUCGAGAUCAAGAUUUCUAUGCUUUACGCACGCGAUUAGCUGAAUUUCAUGGCGACAAAGAGUUGAGCGAUUCGCCGUUGCCUUCGCGAAAAAAUCCACAUACUUCUUGCGUUAUUAAUAAACAACGGUACGAAGAAUUUCUAGAGAAAUUACUUUCAAAACCAGUGCUCAGGAGCAGCGAGCUUUUAUAUACUUUCUUGACCAUGCCAAACUUGAAACCGUACUUUCCAAAUUACACACCAGAUAUUGGUAUAUUAUAUCAAAAUAUGGCCUACAAAUUACGAAAAGAGAAAGGUCAAAAUCUGGAUAAAUUUAUGACUAUCUUUCUGUCCUCUACUAACAUCAAGAGCGACUAUGCAGAUAUCGGAAUUGAAGUAUCCAACGAAACAAACGACAUGGAAAUAAAGAAAAGAGGACACCAUGAUCUUGUGUCUGGUAUAUUUGGCGAUAAUCUUAAUUUGGAUCCUAAUUUCCAGACAUUAUCUCCGUCAUCGUUAAAUCGUUCUCACGUGAAGGGUGCCAGUUUUUGUAUUGCAGAUGCAGUGGACAGACUAUUGAACAUACCUCCAAUAGUAACACGAGUGUUCUGGAUGUUUGCUUCCUCAACCCACGCAAAAGUGGAUCCAUUCGUCAACAUUGUUCUUUACAACGCUUUAGUGAAAGUCCUAAGUAGCGGUCGUGCGGCUACCGUAGUCAAACUUUUACAUGCAAAAGUUCUAGGCGAGGAACGUCGAAUGAAGGCGUCAACUUUCCAAGGAUAUCGCCGAAAUUAUUAUGAAAGCGCCAAAAAAGGAUUAUAUAAUUUGCUGCCUUAUUGGCUGAUAGGACUUUAUAGGCCAUGGACCGAACUAAUGGAUUCCCUUUUGGAUUCUUUGCAGAAUGCAACAGUCAAUAAACAUCUCGCGUACAUUCUUUUAGAUCAUAUCUUGAUAAGUUUAUUUCCUGAACUUAUACUUUGAUUUUAUUCAAAUAAAAUCUUGCCUAUUUCUCAUGAAA